AAACCCCAAUUCAACAAUGGAUGUCUCCUCCUUCAUUAUAUCCCCUUUCCACACUCAAUUCACUUCUCAACUUUAAAAAUUGAAACCGCAUCCCUCAUUUUCUCUCAUUCACCCAAUGGCUGCUACGGCUUCUGUUUCCUCUUCUAUCUGCAACAGAAUAUACAACCUUUCCUUCACACACCCUUCCCUUUCACUCACCAGCAGCAACUUCCCUCAAAGACCCGUAUCUCAAAAACCACUCAGUCUCAACCUCGAGUCCCAAAGUUUCGCUCUUUCCUUUCUCCCACUUCACCGUCUUCCCCCACCUUUCGCUGCCUUUGAUGGGUUGGAAGUAGCUCAAGAUACCACAGAGUCCCAACAAGACGAACCAGAACCAGAAACCGUUGAAAAAACAGAACAAGAGGAAGAGCAAAAGGUUUCAGACUCCAAUGAUGCUGGGAGGCUCUAUGUUGGAAACUUGCCAUAUUCAAUCACUAAUUCCGAAUUGGGCGAGCUCUUUGGAGAAGCUGGCACCGUGGCGUCUGUUGAGAUUGUGUAUGAUCGUGUCACGGAUAGAAGCAGGGGAUUUGCAUUUGUUACAAUGGGGAGUGUUGAGGAUGCUAAAGAGGCAAUUCGAAUGUUUGAUGGCUCUCAAGUUGGUGGUAGGACUGUUAAGGUAAACUUCCCAGAGGUACCUAAAGGAGGGGAAAGGUUGGUAAUGGGGUCAAAAAUACUGAACAGCUACAGAGGCUUUGUAGACAGCCCUCACAAGAUCUAUGCUGGCAACCUAGGCUGGGGAUUGACCUCACAGGGUCUUAGGGAAGCUUUUGCUGAGCAGCCAGGCGUAUUGAGUGCCAAGGUCAUCUAUGAGAGGGACAGUGGAAGAUCUCGAGGUUUUGGGUUUGUUUCUUUUGAAACUGCCGAAUCUGCACGGGCUGCUUUGGACAUCAUGAAUGGUGUGGAGGUACAAGGUCGGCCCUUGCGGUUGAAUUUGGCUGAAGCAAGGACACCUUCAUCUCCUCCAGUAAUUCAGAAAAAUGUAGGAAGCAAUGUUGAAAGUUCGGAAUUGGUGUCUAGUGCCAGCACAUAAGGAAAUAUGAUCUAUCAAAAUUUUGCCCGCAAAAUGCAUGUCAUUCAGCUUCUUCCUGAAAGGUUUUCUCUUGGCAAAUUUCCUGUCAAUUGCUAGUCACAUUGGUAUACACUAACUAGACCUUCAGGCAGUUGAGAAAUAUACUUGUUAUUGAACAAAUAUUGAACAUAUCUAUAAGGGGUCGAUGUUAGUUACAGUUUGUAAUUAUGAAAGUCUAGCUUUCACAGUUUGGUGAACUAAUAAUUCAUUCAAGUGAUAAUUCUUUUAAGUCCUAA